UGUAUGGACCUCACUGGCUACGGGACCUACAGGCACCCCGAUUGUGCUCUGCUCUCAUCAUUUUUGGAGGUGAGGACAAAAGAAAAAAGGGGAAAUCGGAAGAAAGGCCCGGGAUCUGAGUGUCGUGACGGGCCCCCCGACUUCGCCGCCGCUGGUCGGGGUUGUCUGGACUCAAAGAGGGUGAGGGGAAAGCGGCGGAGCAGUCGACUCGAGACUGGGGUUUCCUGCCACAGCAGCGGGAUUGUCACAAAACAGCCUUUCACUCUUCGAGGGGCCUUGUAUUGCUCCGUUUUCAGAGUUGUGAAGGCUUCUGGUCAGCAGCUGCUGGAAAAUGAACUAUUCUGCAUGGAAAUACUGAAGAGAAAACAGAAAACAGGAGCUUGAAUUGACUGAACUUGAAGUGGAAUAAAUGGAUUACCCUCCUUUUGGAAAAUUGUUGCCAUGGAACUAGGUAGACUUAAAUGAUGGUUGACAGAAAGAAACAAAGGUAAGAAAGCUACAUGCUGAAGAUACAGGAGAGCACCGAGAAGGAUCUGAAAGAACAAUUGCUAAAUAGGGACCAAAGACUUCUACAGUCCGAAUGAAUGCAUGCUGUAACAAAAACUACAAAAGAAAACAGUGUUUGAAAGGGAAUGACCAAGAAAAAGAACAUCUCAAAAAGUACAACACUCUGCGUCCAAGAACUGAUGAGAAUAUCAAUGGAGUGUUCGCCUCUGGAAGUGUUUAGCGAGGGUCUGUAUUCAGACCUCUUGAUUCCAGUUACUUCAGUUUUGCUCUCACACAGGUGUGAGUCAGGUCCUGGCAAACAUAGUGACGAACUGAAGGAUUGUUGUGACAGAACACAUUCUCAAUGGUUUUAUUGAGGGGUUUUUUAUUUUUUUUGCACAAGAUGCUUUUGGACCACAACACAAUUCACUCCUAACGUAGCUCAGUUUGCUUGAGCUGGUAUAGCAGAGUGUAUACAUGUAAAGACAUUUGAGGUCUCACAUGGUGGUGUGUCAGACGUUGAUGACAUCACUGCCUGCUCAGUGCCAAACUGCUCCAGCUUCACAGGAAUGACUGCACAGUUUUAAUUCUUGUAUUUUUCUGCAGUCGAAACCUGCUUCACUACAUUUUUUUUUCUUUUUAGUUUUUUUCAUUCCAUUUUUAAGACCCAGCUGUAAAGUAAACCUUUUUUAAAAAACAAAACAAACAACGAUCAUCACAUUGAAGAAGACUUUUACCAUUUGGCCUUUUCAUAUAUUGGUAAAAUCAUCGUCUGCUAAGCCCUUCUACCCACUCCCUGCAACAAAAAAAGUGAUUAUAACAUCUGCGAUAUAUAUUCCUCAGCUUGAACUCUUUCAAAGCAUUUCCUUGUUUGACUGCCAGGCCAUAGACUCUCUCUUUGUCAUUUAUGGUUACUGCCGUAAGCCUUCCAGUUUCUGAUCAGAAGCAUUCCCCGGUAUAGACACUGACAGAUAUUUCCGUUUUUAAUCCAAACUUGGAAAAACAAUGCAGAAUUUUUCUAACAGCCCGGCUCCCCCUUCUCUCCCCCCGGGGUUUAGUGGAAGGGGUGGAGGGGGAACUCCGUAUCCCCCUCAGCCAGCAGACCAGAUCUCCCCAAGGAUGACAGAUGAUUACGCAGGGAUGCAACAGCAGAGCCUGCACAGAGGCCAUCACCACCCCAGUCAAGCCAGCCACAUGCUUGCUUACAGUGCUAGAAACAGAGGGGCUGUGGAGGCACCGCCAACACAGGGUAACAUUCACAGCGGCAACACUAACAACCCUUACAGGAAGGACGCCAUGGAUUAUUAUUUUUCAAUGGGUGGAAAGGACAGGCAUAGAAGAGGCGGCAUGGCUUACGGGGCAGGGUUUGGGUACCCUCAUAUCGAUGGACAUAUACCUCACCAGUACCGGCAUGCUGGAUCUGGCUCUGCACCAGCAUCUAGCCUGAUGUCACCAUAUCCAGUAGACUAUGGCUCCAGUACUGGUUCAGGUGGAGGUGCUGGUGCUGGAGCCUUCUCUCCUUCUCAUCAGUACAAUAUGAGUCAGAAUGCUGCAAUGCAGUCAGUGCCAGGUUCUCAGAUGCAGCACCGCCAGCUUGGACAAACCUUCCCGGCUGUCCACCACGGACAGCAGCAUAGAAGCUAUCCGCACUCUGGGCACAGAAUGACCCCUCAGUACCCGCACUACUCGCCACAGGGUGGAGCAGCCACAGGGUCAUCAGGAAUGUACAGCCCCCCUCCACAGAGAUAUCUCGACGGGGCUGCUAGCACGGGGUUCGAUCCCAAAGUCAACAGUUCUCCUAGUGUCAACUCCAGUUCAAACUCAGUCUCCAGUUCAGUUGCUGCUAACAAUGUGGGGCCAAUGGAGAAUGUUCAACAGAGUUACCAUGCUUCAAAUUAUCCUGGAUAUUCCCCACAGACACUUUCACUUCACAAGCAAGCCACACUACAGCACCGCAACUCACAGCACAAUUUAGGGGUAGGUUAUGACAACUCUCUCAAGAUGCAGCACCAGGGCCCCUCUCCAGGCUCUGUAUAUGCUAAACAUCUGCAAGCAUCCAAUCCCAGUAUACCUCAAGCAGCAUCUCAAGAAAUAGCCAAAUCCCCAAUGCAUCCCAAUGCCCAACAAACCCAAAUUAACCAAAACUUUAGCCCCAUAUCAAACCCCUCACCAGCUGCCUCGGCAGUGCAUUCCCCAAGUUGUAGCUCCUCUCCUUCCCCUUUGAUGGGUGUCUCAGAGGUACAUGGAAACCCCUCAGGUCAUGGUCCAUCACAUCCUCCAACAUCAAACCCCCGUAGCAGCCAUGGUCAAGGUAGAUUACUGCAGACCAUGCCACAGUUAAGUCCCACACCCAACUCGAAUAGCAGCAUCAGUAGUUGUGGUAGCAGUGGCAGUCAUAAAGCUCACAACAUGAGCGCAGUUGGAGGGAGCAGUCAUACUCCAACAGGCCGCAACAAAUUGGGUCCAGGCACAGGAAUGGGGUCGCGAGACGAUGGCUCCUCUAUUUAUUCAUCGUCCACACUUGACAAAAUGCAGGAUGCUGGCCUGAAUAGUCUUAAUGCCUUGAGCUCACAAGUAGCCAAUUUACCAAACACAGUUCAACACAUGCUUCUCACCGACUCUGUGCUUUCACAGAAGAAGGGGAAAGAUGUGGGGCAGAUACAACAGGCGACACAUGGCAUGCCCCCAUCGCAACCAAGGAGUCGAAAUGCAAGUGCAGCCUCAAGCACUAGCACGGUUAAAGAUGGAAGUGCAUUGGGGAUUGGUGAUGGUGCCAUCUUAGAUGUCGGUGCUGAUGAAGACUCCUCAGCUGGAGGCUCAUCGGGGACCAAAGUGGAGCGUGAGGAGCAGUUUUCAGAAGGGGAACAUGGGAGAGUGAGGCAGAUGAGUGGUGCAAGCAGCGGAUCUGAACCAACUAGCUAUCACCCUCCCUCUCAAAUUCAAACAGUUAAAUCAGUCACCUCUGAUUUGCCGUUAAAAGAACCAAAUGUUUCCGAAACAAAAGCAAAUGAAGCUCACAUUCCCUCUUCAUCACCAUCUCCAUCAUUCGGAUGUCAAUCAUCAGAGACUGGUCCAACUUCGCAUUCAACACCUCCAGUUUCCUCAUCCCCCUCAUCCACCUCCUCCAGUGUUCCUCCACCGCAGCCAAAUUGUGUCUCAGAGCCUGGUCUAACAUAUAAUGACCACAGAGGUGGCCAUAGAAGGACAGCAGAAAUAAAAAAUGAAGUAAUCAAAAAUGAAAGUGAAGGCACAGUUGACAAAGUGGAGAAAGGCGGUAGCCAAAUGCAGCGAGAUAGAGACGCCAAUUCACAAAAUUGUCAGGACAAAGAAAACAGGUUGCACACUGCAUCGAGAUUACACAGUAAUGAGAGGGAAGAAAAGCACACAUCUGAGGAACAGCAAAGUGCCAGUAGUGUUGGUGUGAUUGUUUCAGCUCGGUCUGAAGGAAGUCUCACUGAAAAAAGCAAGCAUCCCCAAGACAACUGUAUAGAAGACAAGCAUUCUUUCUUAAGAGAGUCAAGCAGUCAUAACGGGGAAGAAGGUGUAGAUCUGACUUUGUAUUCCUCUAUUCACCAGAAAUCUAAUUUCGGACGGCCUCAAAAUCCUCCCCAGUCUGGACCACAUAAAUAUGGCUACCCUGAAUCAACAUAUGGCUCAGAUUUGUCAAUGAAAAACAGAGGGAGGGCUGGCCCAGCGGGUGUAAUGGAAUCAAAUUCCAGAUACUUAGGGUACCAACAGUCACAAGCUGGUUACGGCCCUGUGCAUUCAAAGUAUGCUGGGUCUGUAGCAGAGGCUUUGGUGAAGAGAGGGCAAGGCGCAGGGGCUAAAGGUCAUGAAGAUAGUUCACAGCAGUUUCCAAGCCUUUUACAAGAAGUACUUCAAGGUUACAAUUUAGAUAGACGCUAUGGCAGACCAGAGCAGGCAUUCCCUGCUCAUCUUCAAGUCCAGCAACAGUUUCAAACAAGACACCCGUACGGCAUAACUGAGGCAUCGGCUCAUUCUGGACAAAUGGGGAGUUCUGGAAAGCCGCCACAUCCAAACCAGAGGCAAGGAAGUGAGCCAGAUUUUACUACAGAUGCUCAGCCCUCAGUGAAGUCAGAAGCAUCCAUCACUAAGAUUUUACAAAAUGCUGAGAAAACUGAAGUGGGUGUGUCCCAGAGCCAUUUAACACAGGCUACAGAGCCUCAGCAGCCCCCAACAAAACAUAUAAACUUAGCUGACUACUCUCUGCCACAGAGAAAAGCGUUAUCUAAUGUGUCCACUCCAUCCUCUGCUGUGCAGGAGCUCCUUUUGCAAGAGCCAGAGCCGCUCACAGGCAGCAUUGGUCAAACAGAGUCUCAAAAAUCAUCAGGCUCCAUAUUAGCCCCAUCAGAGCGCCGCUCUGUCAUCUGUGAUGUGUCGCCAAACCGACGCAGUACACCAGAGAGGGACAGGGAAAGUGACAGAGAGAGAGAGCGGGAGAAAAGUCAGAGUGGAGCCUCUGUGAUUCAACAGCCAUUUUCCUCUCCAGCAGCAGCCAAUGAUCUGAGUAAAAAGGAUAUUGGAGAGAAACAAGUGGUGAAAAUGGAAACGGCAACAAAAGAGGCAGGCCCAGACGCUGCAAAUUUACAAACUGAUCAUCACGGCAGUGGUGGAGCUAAUGAGGCUGAUAUAGAGUAUCAUUCCAAGUCUGUUCAUUCAUCUGUUGUAAUGAAUGCUGACCCCUAUAGGCGAGGUAAUGUUGAUAUCUUGCCUUCUCACUCUUUGAGCACCAACCCUUUAUCUUCACCUUCAAGGCAUCAGUCCUAUCUUCAUGGUGUUGAUUUGUCAACUGGCAGCGGCAGCAGUUUUCCUGGAUAUCGAUUCGGAGAUGCAAGAGAAGGGAAUAUGAUGCCACGCAGUAACCCCCAUUUCCCUCCCCACCAUCCCUACCACAAUCUGUCCCCGCAGGCUCCAUCAACAAAUAAGCUUCAAAUGUAUCCCCACCCUCGUGGCCCCCCUCAUCACCCCCAUGAUAUGAGUGAUUGGGUAAAAGCAAUGAACAGGCCAUCAAAAGAGUUGAUGCUGCAGCCUGGUUCUUCUCCAGGAAGACAUAAGGUCAGCCAGUCAGAACAGAGACAAAGAAUGAUCCCACAAACUGACCUCCCCGGUGAACCAACCAAAACUUCACUCCAUCAUCAGAGUGCUUUCUUUGAUUUGAAAAUGUGGGAGUCGACACACUCUGGAAGAGAAGGCGCUAGAAUGAUAGAGGGAGACUCCUUCUACAGAACACAACCGCCUCCUCCACCUCCUCCUCCUCCCCUUCCCCCUCCCGCUCCUGUAGCCUCCCACCUCCCUGUUCCUCCACAAAUGACUCAUGGCCAAAACGCUGCUGAACCUGAGGUCUCCAGAGGAGUUGUGGAGGAAGCCAAACAUCCCUGCCCACCCCCUCCACCCAGCUCCACUAAGCCACCUGCUGACGUGAACUCGACUCAGCCGCAGGUGCAGCGCCAGACUAAAGCCGGGGGUUCUGGAGACACAAAUCCGCUAAUAUUGCGAAGGAGAGUUCGUUCUUUUAUCUCUCCCAUUCCCGCCAAAAGGCAACUCCAGGCUGCCACAAAUUCACAUCACUCCCCAGGGGCUCAGUCUGAGUCUAGCCAUCACAAUGAAGAUGACUCAUCUAGUUCAGACAUCCCAUGUCCCCGGCUCUCUUCCCCUCUGCCCGGAGAAAAUACCUAUUCACAACCUCUAUCUCCAUCAAGUAGUAACACCAAGGCUUUGCCUUCCAGGAAAGGGCGAGGUUUGAAACUGGAGGCAAUAGUGCAGAAAAUCACACCAAAUAUUAAAAAGCCAGCAGGCCAUGUUGAUGAUGAGUCAAAUCAUUACCCAGGCUUCUCUCACUCAGAAAUACCACCGUUUAAUGAUUCACAGGACCAAGACUUGGCAUAUUUCCCCAGGGUCGCAGGAGGGGAUGAUAGCUACAUGGAUGAAAGUCACUCAUUAAACGACAUGAUUCCCUUCAGAGGAGUUGACGAGACUGGGCCUUUACCUCCGUCUGCCUACCCGUGUGAUCCACACCAGACAUCUCAAACCAUAAAACAAGACUUUGACUUUGGAUUAGGGGCCGCUGUGGCAUCAGCAUCUGGAGACAAGGAGGAUUUCGCUCUGCUCGGACCUUUACCCCCUCCUCCACCUCUCCCUCGCCCGGUCCAGGAUUCCCCACCUCCGUCUUCAUCUGCCCUGUCAGACAUUCAGCAUUUCACCAACACCUACCAGCAACUUGAGACAAGAAGGGGAGAGCAGUCUGCUGCUACCCUUCUUCGACAGAAACUUCAAGAAUCUGGCAUGGGAUUUGAUGAUUAUCCUGGCAGUGACUACUAUGGAGCAACCCCACCCCACCAUAGUCAAGGACACAUGCUGAAUCGGCAACAUCAGAUGACUUCUGGACGGUCCAGUCUGUCGCCACAAGAUUCUAAGCUAUCGGAGAGUUCAGUGCCCAAAGGCUAUUUCCCAUCUGGCAAGAAGAAGGGCAGGCCUGUAGGGAGUGUGAAUAAACAAAAACGGGCCCAAAGCCAAGGCCAAACACAAGGACAGGGCCCGCCUCAAGCCCAGGCUCAGAGCACAGCUCAGAGUGCUCCACCAGCCCCACUCACUCCAACUCCAGCUGCUGCCACAACCCCACCAUUGGUGCCGACAACCAGCAGCACACCACCACCUGCAGCACCUCCUCUGACAGAGAACAAAAGCACUCCCCCACUGACCCCACCUAUUUUAACCCAGGUAGUGAAAGUGGAUGUUGAGAGUGAGGACACACAGCCAGAGAUCCAAGUGAAACCUGCGCGAAGGAGACGCAGAGGCGUGAAAGAUGAAAAUGAGCCACUGGAAGCGAGAGGGCGACAGAGGAGGAGAAGGAGAGGUGCAGCAGCACCAACGGCACCACCAGUGGCCAAAGAUGACCCAGAUACACCUUUAGGGCCAGGAGGGAGCCCUGGCACAAACAGAGUAUGCGUGGAUCCAAACAGAAAAGGCCCGUUUGUUCCACACAUACAUGUGGAGAACAAAAUACCAGAGAUUGGGGCAGUGUGCACCAUUGUAAAUGCAGAGGAGGAGAAGAUGAAAGGAGAGCGUAGUGCAGUCGGAGCGAAAGCAGGCGGGAGUGGAAUUGAUUCUCUCCUGACCUCAGCUCUUUCCUCCCAGUUAUCUAGGAGAGACAGAGAAUCAGAGAAAAGGGAGACAGACGAGGUGGAAACUACACUUCAGUCAGGAAAAGCGCUUCCUUCAUCUGGCUUUGUUGUUUCAGGCCCCGUCAUUACAGAGACCAAUCACUCUGGCCGCCUGCUCUGCUGCCUGUGUCAGAAAUGGGCGAAUUACAAACACCUCGGAGAUCUCUACGGGCCUUUCUAUCCAGCUGAAUAUGCCGCAAAGCUCCCCAAGAACCAGCCCCAGAUCCGACAAUGUCAGCCGACCACAGGCACAAACAAAACGGGACCAAAUUCAGACACGAGCUCAAAUGCUGUGAGCGCCAUCCAAGACACACAAACACAAGAGUCUCAGCUUACCAAGCCCCCAGCUGAGAGCGACUAUGCCAUCAGCCUCGAUUCAAACCCAGUACCUCUCCCCACUACAGUCAGAACUGCCCCCACAGCUGGUGGAGAGGAAAUGAUGAUGCACAUGACUGGCAAGUUCAGCAACACGGCCUCCUCUUCCUCCUCCUCCUCCUCCUCCUACACCAGUAAAACAACAUCCCUAACCUGGGACAUGAAUCUAGAUAUCCGGCCUAUCCCCAUGCUUAAGAGAGAGCCAGACCUUCAGACAGACCAGCCGCAAAUCCAGCAACAGCUGCAGCAGCCAACAGAUGAAGCUCAACAACGACCUCAACACAGAAAGCUGACCUCACACCCACGCUUUAAAAGGAGGCACAAAUCUAGUGAGGAUUCCCCCAGAAUGGUGCCAUCCAACAGUAAGGCAUCCCUGCCAUUCCAGCCCCCUCCGCCCGCCUUGGACUCCCUGGGACCCUUGGCACAACUCGCCCAGCUGCCUCAGAUGCCAUUGGACCCAGAGGAGCUGUGGGUCCACGAGGGAUGUAUAGUGUGGACCAGUGGAAUCUAUCUUGUCAAUGGGAGACUGUAUGGCCUGCAGGAGGCACUAGAUGGUGCCAGAGAAACAUGCUGCUCUUACUGUGAGAUGGUCGGCUCAACCCUGGGCUGCUACAGUAAAGGCUGUACACUUCGCUACCACUACCUGUGUGCUAUGGAAGCAGAUUGCUCUCUGAACGAAGAUAACUAUUCACUGCGGUGUCCGAAGCACAAGGUAAAGAAAGAGAGUUUACCCAGAGCAUCCGGCCAGCCAAGUCAGUGUACCUGGAGCAGUCAGAGAGAGGCUGAGGGAAAUGCAGAAGAAGAAGACACACAGGAAUCUGGGAGCUGUUAGUUUGGACAACAGAAGACUGCGAGAAGACACUUGUUUGAAGCAGCCCCAAAUGUGAAAGGACAGAACUGGCAUCUGUGACGGAGAACAACAAAAGGGAAUGUACAAUUUCUCAAUGGGAAUCAGCAUUAUUUACAUUUAAGACAAUGGAGAAGAGAAACCCUUGCUCUUUACUUAAAAGCUGAAAAAGGAAAAAAAAACAUGGACAUGCAACACAGAGGAACGGAGCUACAAAUAAAAGAAAAAAAAACUACAAAGAUCGAAGCGGAAUAAAAUGAGACGUCAAGACUGAUGGAGGAACUAAAGGAACUUUUUUCUGUAGAGAACAAAAGAAACAAACUUCCUCUCUAGGCUUACUUUGAUUUUCCUCAGACACCCUCAAAGUGUAAAACUCUUGUUUAUCAUCAUCUGUAUUAUCAUUUACCUGUUUUUUUAGGUGUUCUUUUGGUUGCUUUGAAGAGGCGUAUUGUGAGCAAGUUGGGUGUCAAACCCAGAGAAGAAAAGGAGAGAGUUGUUCUCUCACAAGUAGUAUUUUAUCUUAUGCUAUUAGGAUGACCACAAUUAUUAUUUUAGUCCUCAUUAUUAUUUUGUAUCCUCAUCAGUAUUUACUCAUGAAAAUGAAAUGGAUGUAUCUCACUUUAUAUUCACUCAACACAUAAAUUGGAUUUUUUUUUUCAUUCCUGGAGAGGGAGGAGCCAGAGUGAUGUUGUCUGGAAUGUCAGGGUCGAGUUUGCCACAAAGACAUUAUUGCCUUGGAGAACGGACAUCUGUUGCCUUUCAAAAGUCACGUGUAUGAGUGAGAAGUGAGUGAGUGAGUGUGUGUGGGCGUGCGCGCGCGUGUGUGAGAGAAUCUGAAAAAACAAUGCCGAUAUCUGGGUCUUUGAUUCCAUUUUUGGUCCUUUUGAAAAGUGUUCUUAUUUUUCAUCACUGGGGUUUUUACGGUACAGAUAGUAUUCAUGAAAAAUCAGACGGACACGAUCUUAUUUUUCAAGUACAAAUGUUCGUAAUGUGCAAAGAGAAGGACAGAGCCUUGUAAGAGGAGGAGAUAACACUAUGGACUAAUGCGUGUCUGCCGUCUUUAACCGUGCUGACAGGGAAAAGACGGACAGAACGCUGAAGAGUUUUAAUCGUGGAACUGUGUACUGGGUGCAAAAGUUCUACAUAGGAAGUUACGUUUGACUGACAGGUGUCGGUCCUUCGUACAGUGAUGAAAACAUUUUUUUGGAACUGGAAACUUAAGAGAGGGGUGUCAUAUGAGCGGCUGUGAUUGGCCAACCGUACGGGCCAAUGGGGAGUAAGCCUUACCAAGUACUUCUGAAUGGUUUCAUUCGUUAGUGACACAGCAGCGAUUUGAUUGGGAGAUGCAAAAUCCAUUCAAAAAGAAGCAUUGCCAUAAAAUUUAAAAGUGAGUCGUACAUGGUGUUGUCUUUAUCAUUUUUUAUUGUUAUUCUUGUAAAAAAAAAAAAAAAGUCAAGCUGAGAAGAAGACAGUUACACUAUCAAAACCAUGCUGUAUUAGAAACCUGUCAAUAU